AAUAAAAAAAAAAUAUUUUGUGUGCCGUGUUUUUCGCGCUUAAAAUCUUUUUAUUAUAUUAAAAAUAAAUGAAAUUUUGUUAGAAAUGUCAGCACUUACUUCCCUACGUGAUCCGCAAUUCGAUUAUAAAAUAAAAAGAUUUUAUAAUUGUGUUCUAGCCCAAACGAUAUCGAGCUCCGGCAAGUUUUUGUUUGCCGGCAAUAGAGAUGGCGACAUUUUCGUGCAAAAAUUAAAUGAUCUACAAAAUUCAGAAGAACCUCAUGAAGCCAUAAAAAUCUAUGCGCAAGGUGAUGAAGUGGAAAUAAAUUGUUUGUGUUUCCAUCGUGACUUUUUGAUAGUGGGUUCCAUUGGUGUUGUGUAUGGUCUGAAGUGGUUGGAGGAAAAGGGUGAACUGGUUAAUAAGAGAUCUUGGGAAAUUAAAAUACCCAUUGAGGCCGAUGCCAUCGAGGUGCCCGAUGUUAAUUGCAUGUGGCUGAGACCAGAAACCGACUGUUUGUUUGUGGGCUGUGGUGACAAUGUUAUGUAUGAAAUUAGUUUGGAAGAUGGCCGCAUAGUAAGAGAUUUUAAAGGCCAUGAGGAUUAUAUACAUGGUGUUUGUGGAUUUGGGCCAAACAAACUGUACUCCGCCUCCGAAGAUGGCUCAGUGCGCUUUUGGUCAUGCAAUGAAAAAGAAAGUGUUGGCAUUAUAGAACCCUAUAAAAAGGAAAGUUUAAAUCGUCCCGAAAUGGGUAAAUGGGUGGGUGCCCUAGCAGUUAACGACGAUUGGCUGGUGUGUGGUGGUGGCCCCAAAUUAUCACUUUGGCAUUUACGCACUAUGGAAUGUACUAACGAAUUUCCCUAUCCCGGCAAAGUGCAUGUAUGCGAUUUUGUUGAAGAUAUGAUUUUUGUGGGCGGAGAGCAUACAAAUGCUCAAUUCUAUGCCAUGAAUGGUAAAUUAAGAGCUGACAUAAAGACGGAAAAUACAGCAGUGUAUUCGGCUGUUUGGCAAGUGGAACCACAACGUUUUAUGUCCAUUGCCGGUUUCAGUAAUUGGCUGUCUAUACUUAAUGAUUUUCGAUUUUUGGAUAGUAAAAUUGAGCUGUACGUUCCUAAAGAAGGUGACGAGAUCAGUGAUGAAAAGAAAUAUAAUUAAUAUAAAAGCUGAACAAUAAA